AUGGAGCAUAGAAAAAUACGGCGGCGGGGUGUACAAGUAACCUAUCGUCAAAAAAAGAAACUGAUUGAGUUCGUUUCAAAGAAUCCUCAACUGAUAUCCUGUAAGGUUACUCCGGAAUUUAACUACCGGGACUCACAAAGGCUGUGGCAGACCCUUGCAAACGAGUGCAACGCUAUACCUGGUUCUAAAAAGACUUGGCGGCAGUGGAGAAAGACUUGGCAAGACCUUCGCUCAAAAGCUAAAAAACGUCAGGAAAUUGAGGGAAUGUUCCCACCUUCAUUCGUAAUGCUCACACAGGCUGAACAGGAGGCAUUGGGCCUCAAAAAUGUGUCUUCGAGUAGCAACACUAAUAACCAGGAGAACACGGAGUUUGUACAACUAGAACAAAAUAAUGAAGAAGAAAAUUUCCACUUAGAAAUGGAAGCCAUAAGUGAACCGGAGUCCCCACCUGAACCAAAAGUUUUCACACAAAAAAAAAUUAAAAACAAUUCACAAACUAAGUACAAACACAGUUCAAAGCAUUCAAAUAACUGUGUUUUCAACUGUGAUCUCUUAGCAGUACAUGAAAGAAGAAAAGUAGAAUUAAAAGAAGAGUACAUUAAUUUUAAGAAGAACUAUCUAAGACAAAAGCUUAAACUAAUGAAAGAACAAACUGAAGCUUUGAAGUUGAUUGCUAAGGAACUCAGUGACAAAUAAAUGCAAAAAACUAGAUUGACGUAACAAAAUAAUUAAUUUUUAUUAAUGUAACAGUAAUUAAUAAGUCAAGUGUUUAUGUUGUAUUUUUAGUUUUAGAGUUGACACUGGGCAGUUAUAUACGGUCAAGGCACAUAUAGCUUGAUCCUUUGGACUGUUCUUAUUAGAAGUGUCAGAGUUGAAUUUAAAUCCUGUGUCAAGCUAGACAUACUCACGAUUCUGAACCUGUAGAUUUUAGUUUCAGUAGAGGUCCAUUUUUAAGUAAUGAAAUUAAAUAUAAUUUCAUGUUUUUGCUAGAUAACGUUCCUUUUGUUAUUAUUAUUAUUUUUAUUCCAUUUAACAGUACCAGGAUCAAAUUUGUAAAAAUAAUAAUUAUAAGCAUUACGGUAACUGUCCAGCCCGAUACAUCAUACCAUGGUGAUUGUUGUCAAUGUCUGUUGUUUCCGAAUCGUAGGUCAUUUUACUUGUAUGCCUUACUUAAUUCCUUACAAGUCAAGAAAUAAUUGACAAACGUGUUACCUCGAAAAAUUCACAUUUUGAUUUUAUUUGUUUCAUUAAAUACAUCCAUUGUGAAAAUGCAUUUAAAGUAAGAGUUUAUUGAUAUUGCAAUCUGUUAUUAGCAAUUUGAGAAAGAUGAUGAGUUUCCAUUUCAUAGAUAUACUUAAUGAAAUAAGAGUCGCUUUCAUGUUUUAUUUCAUAACACAAAUUAAUUUAUUUCAAUAAUACUACAAUACUUUAAGUUUUUUUUAAUUCAAGUUUUGCUAAAAAAGUAUGUUUCGAAUGUAUUCCCUAUUUACGCAUACUAUAGCCAUUUCACUUCUCUCGGAAGUUUCGC